CCUCGGGUCGCCGGGCCCGCGCCAGUCCCCGCCAUCCGAGCAACAGCGGCGCUGCGCUGGGACCGCGGCCGCGACACCAGGGAACAACCAUGUCACCGUUUCUUCGAAUUGGUUUAUCCAACUUUGACUGUGGGACCUGCCAAGCUUGUCAGGGAGAGGCGGUGAACCCCUACUGUGCUGUGCUUGUCAAAGAGUAUGUGGAAUCAGAAAAUGGGCAGAUGUACAUCCAGAAAAAGCCAACCAUGUACCCACCUUGGGACAGCACCUUUGAUGCCCACAUUAACAAGGGAAGGGUGAUGCAGAUCAUCGUGAAGGGCAAAAAUGUAGACCUCAUCUCAGAAACAACCGUGGAACUCUACUCCCUGGCAGAGAGAUGCCGCAAGAACAACGGGCGGACAGAAAUAUGGUUAGAGCUGAAACCUCAAGGCCGAAUGCUAAUGAAUGCAAGAUACUUUCUGGAAAUGAGUGACACAAAGGACAUGAGUGAGUUUGAGAAUGAAGGAUUCUUUGCACUACAUCACCGCCGAGGAGCCAUCAAACAGGCCAAAGUCCACCACGUCAAGUGUCACGAGUUCACGGCCACCUUUUUUCCUCAGCCCACAUUUUGCUCUGUCUGCCAUGAAUUUGUCUGGUCCUGCCUCCUUAUGGUUCAAAUAUCACCACUGGUUGGUUCCAAAACAUUAGCACAUGGCUUUGGGGCAUUUCGGAUUCAAUCUAGAAGGGGCCUGAACAAACAGGGUUACCAGUGCCGACAGUGUAAUGCAGCAAUUCACAAGAAGUGCAUUGAUAAAGUGAUAGCCAAGUGCACAGGAUCUGCGAUCAAUAGCCGAGAAACCAUGUUCCAUAAGGAGAGAUUCAAGAUCGACAUGCCACACAGGUUCAAAGUCUACAACUACAAGAGUCCAACCUUCUGUGAGCACUGUGGUACCCUGCUCUGGGGGCUGGCAAGGCAAGGACUCAAAUGUGAUGCAUGUGGCAUGAACGUCCACCACCGAUGCCAGACAAAGGUCGCCAAUCUCUGUGGUAUAAACCAGAAGCUAAUGGCUGAAGCACUAGCAAUGAUUGAAAGCACCCAACAGGCUCGCUCCUUAAGAGAUUCAGAACACAUCUUCCGAGAAGGCCCAGUUGAAAUUGGUCUCCCAUGCUCCAUCAAAAAUGAAACCAGGCCACCAUGCGUACCAACACCUGGGAAAAGAGAACCCCAGGGCAUUUCCUGGGAGUCCCCUUUGGAUGGGUUGGAUAAAUCGGCCCGUCCUCCUGAACCCGAAGUGAGCGUGCGCAGGACUUCUCUGCAGCUGAAACUGAAGAUCGAUGACUUCAUCCUGCACAAGAUGUUGGGGAAAGGAAGUUUUGGCAAGGUCUUCCUUGCGGAGUUCAAGAGAACCAAUCAGUUUUUCGCAAUAAAAGCCUUAAAGAAAGAUGUGGUGUUGAUGGAUGAUGACGUCGAGUGUACCAUGGUGGAGAAGAGGGUUCUGUCCUUGGCAUGGGAGCAUCCGUUUCUAACACACAUGUUCUGCACAUUCCAGACCAAGGAAAAUCUCUUUUUCGUGAUGGAGUAUCUCAAUGGAGGAGACUUGAUGUACCACAUCCAAAGUUGCCACAAAUUUGAUCUUUCCAGAGCCACGUUUUAUGCUGCCGAGAUCAUCCUUGGUCUGCAGUUCCUUCAUUCCAAAGGAAUUGUCUAUCGGGACCUGAAGCUCGAUAAUAUCUUGUUAGACAGAGAUGGACAUAUCAAAAUAGCAGACUUUGGGAUGUGCAAGGAGAACAUGCUAGGAGAUGCGAAGACAAACACUUUCUGUGGAACUCCUGACUACAUCGCUCCGGAGAUCUUGCUGGGUCAAAAAUACAACCAUUCCGUCGACUGGUGGUCCUUCGGGGUCCUACUUUACGAGAUGCUGAUUGGUCAGUCGCCGUUCCACGGGCAGGACGAGGAGGAGCUGUUCCACUCCAUCCGCAUGGACAAUCCCUUCUACCCGAGGUGGCUAGAAAGGGAGGCCAAGGAUCUUCUAGUGAAGCUCUUUGUGAGAGAACCUGAGAAGAGGCUGGGAGUGAGAGGAGACAUCCGCCAGCAUCCUUUGUUUCGAGAGAUCAACUGGGAAGAGCUUGAGAGGAAAGAGAUUGACCCACCCUUCAGACCAAAAGUGAAAUCACCAUACGACUGUAGCAAUUUCGACAAGGAAUUCCUAAGUGAGAAACCCCGGCUAUCUUUCGCUGACAGAACACUUAUCAACAGCAUGGACCAGAACAUGUUCAGCAACUUUUCCUUCAUUAACCCAGGGAUGGAGACUCUCAUUUGCUCCUGAACCUCAUCUGUCUCCAGACUGGAAGGGAAUUGCCUUCUCUCUGGGAACUGGUUCAAGUAACACUUCCUGGGGGGUGGGGGGUCUCUUUUUCACGUUAGAGAAGAAAAGAAACACUCAACCACAAAGGCAGAGAGGACUGCUGAGCUCCUUGUGUGACAUGUUACCUGUAGCACAAACCAUGCCUACUUCACUAAUGACGUCACCCCGGUAUAUCUCCUGGAAUCUCUCACAGCAGCCCUUGAAGUUGGAUCAUUGUUAACUCUAGUCAUUUACUUGAAAGAUGGUUCCCGAUGCUGUGAAAGAUUCGAAACGUAAUUCUGCUCUUGCCCUAGACAACAGCUGCUGGUUGGUGAUGAACCAAGGCGCAAGUGGAACAGAUGUCUCAAGACUGGGACAGUGAUCGCCUGUUAUAGGAGUCAAUUCCACUCAACCACAGAGAAGGAACCACUAAGCCACAUUGAUCUGUGCAUGUCUGUGGAAAUGUCGAUGGCAGAAGGGAGGGAAAGGGGAAGCCCUGAACAGAUUGUAAUGGGAAGCUCUCCAAUAAACAUAGCAUGAAACUUGAGAUUUACAAAAUCUGUUCAUUCUGGCUUGCCCCGAAAUUCCCAACGCAGAGGAAAGUAAGGGGCAGUGAGCAGAGUAGAGCCCUUGUCGCCAACAGGGAAGGGUAAGGAUGUCACUUACGUGGAGCCUCUUAUGCACACAGAAGGAAAGUAUAACCAACAAGGGCAGGGUGGUUUACGGCUGCCAAUCAAGCCUUCCUUUACCCCUCUGUUCUCAGUUGAUCUCUCAGUCAGCGUAGGUAGGCAUUCGUUACCAUCCUCCCAUUAGACAAGAAAUAAAAGUGCAUGACUUCUGAGAUAAAGAAAACCAGUCCCUUAUCACAUUGUUCCCAGUGAUUUGAUGGCAAAUAAGUCCCUCCUUAGGAAUCCUGUAAGACAACCCAACCUAUGCAUGCUAUUUGCAGUCGUCAGUCCUGUUGAGUUAGAGUCCCAACUAUACACAGUAUUGUGCGGUGUUUAUGUAUUUUGAUGAGAUGUGAUGAU